AUGGAUGGAUUAGGCUGGCAAUUUAUCAGCGGCCAGUUUGCAGACACUCCCCAUCUCGACGAGGUCGGCAGGGAAGGCGUCCGUGCAAGGCACCUCUUCAAUGUGGUCCCAACCAAAACUUGGCCGAAUCACCAUUCCUAUAUGACGGGACUUUACCCAGAGAGCCACGGGAUUGUCUCAAAUAAGUUCUGGGAUCCUGUUUAUCAAGAAAAAUUUAUUUACGAUUAUGAUUGUUCAGACAGCGACCCGAAGUUCUACAACGCUUCCGAACCAAUCUGGUUGACACUACAAAAGCAGGGUGGACGUAGCGGGAUUUACUUCUGGCCGGGAAGCCGCGGCUAUCCAGAAAAACCCAUUUUCUACGAGAAGCCCUUUUGCAAAGUCGAUUGCAGCGCGAUUGACCCAAAAGAUCUUCCGAAAUACCGUAACAAAACGUAUCCGUCGUGGUUAGGUUACAAAUACAUUCAUUGUGUCUUCAAUUACACGGAACCUUCUCAGAGCCGAAUCGAUAAAAUCAUAAACUGGCUCAAAUCGGACGAACCACCGCAGUUUGUGGCGCUGUACAUCGAUCACCCGGACUGGGAGGGGCACGAAUAUGGCAGUUAUUCAAAUGAAUACAAACGAGCCAUUGAAAAAGUCGAUCGCGAUGUUGUGGGUUAUUUCAUUGAUCGAUUGCGUGACGAAGAGCUUAUAGACACAGUCAACUUGAUGUUCGUCAGCGAUCACAGUUUUAACAACGUCUCUUCAGAGCGACUCAUAAUUCUCGACGAUUACAUCGAACAGUCCGCGUACAUGCUGACGGAAUCUGGGGCACUCGUACAUAUUUGGCCGAAAGAUGGUAAACUGGACGAAAUUUAUGACAACCUCACUAAAGCCAAAAACCCGCACAUGACAGUUUACAAGAAGGAAGACAUCCCAGAUGAGUACCACUGGAAACACAAUCGCCGCAUCCCUCCUAUAUUCAUCAAUCCCGAAGUGGGUUGGGUUAUCGAGCAAUCCCGCGGGAACACGAGCGUGUCUUGGGUUCACGGGACACACGCCUGGCCGCCUCAGGAGAGUCGCAGCUACCCAAUUUUCUUUGCCCGUGGUCCCGCAUUUAAAAAGGGUUUCGAAAUUGCGCCGUUCAAGACACUCGAUCUCUACCCUCUGAUGUGUCAACUUCUUGGAAUUGUGCCUCAACCGAACAAUGGCUCACUGGAAAAUGUCAUGCCUCUUCUUCUGCAAGAAACCACAGACCCACCAACCACAGACCCACCAGCCCCAGACCCACCAACCGCUGGUCAAGCGAAAGUAAAC